AAAAUCUCCAUCUCCGUGAUAAGAAAAAUGAAUCGUACAUUCUCAAUCUCUUCCCUAUUCCUGAUCCUUUUCCUCGCGAUCUUUCAUUGUGUCCAAUCCACAAACGAUAUCAUUGAGGACACCUGCAAGAAGCUUGUAGCCAAUAACACAGAGUUGAACUUCGACUUCUGCGUGAAGUCUCUUGGGUCAGACCCGGAGAGCCAUGAGGCGAAUCUCGAGAGACUAGGGCUGAUUGGGCUCAAACUAUUUCAAGCCAACUUUACAGUCACGGCCGAGUACAUUAAGCAACUAGUGAAGCAAAAACUGGAACCACGGCUACUCAAAGCUCUCUCGCUUUGCUUGGAUCUUUAUGCCUCCGUUGAAGACAAAGACCUAACCCCAUUUUACAAGGCGAAGCGUUAUGCCGACGUGAAUACUUGGGUGUCUGCAAUGAAAGCUAAUGCAGAUGUGUGCGACAAACAAUAUACGAGGAAGGGAGGCAUGGUUCCACCUUUGACAAAGCGUAAUGCUGACGUUGAACAUUUGUCUGCCAUAGUACUUGGUAUUUUGACUAUUUUGACAGGGAGAGCAUAAAGGAUGUGAUGAAGUGCGUAUUAGCCAAUAAAUUGAUUCACGGUCUAUGAAUUUCCAUGGUAAUCUGAGUCAUCUUUUUCUUUUUCCUCCUUGUAUGCUUUGUUUCUUGCAAAUGAAUUCUUAUGGAUGGAGAUCUUUUACCCGUAGACAUAUCUCAACUAUUGGAAUGAAA